GAGGGGGGGCUGCAUACUCUCACGCCUGCUGCAUAUUCAGGUCCUUGACAUUGAAAAGGUCUGGGAACCCCUAGGGCUAAAACAUCCCAGGCGCGCGAGCACGAGAUCAGUUGUGCGCGCUCUCGCUGGCGAGUGCAGAUUCACAGAGCGAGCCAGCUCCUCGGAAUAACUCCCACACUGCCUCAGCCUCAGAGAUGUCGCACCCGAGCACAGCUUUCACCACAGAAAACAUCUACCUCCGAUGAUCCGCUGUAAGCCUGCGUGUGUGUCCGCGAUGAGCGUUUCUGCAGUGCGAUGCUGACAGCAUGUUUCCUCGUCGAGAAGCUCAGCGCUGUGCAGCAUAGAGGAGUGGAGCAACGUGCACAGUUACAGCGCGCUGUUGCAGUCAGGCAGCAUCAUGGAGGCAGGAUGUGUGGUUGCCGCGGUGAUUGAGAAUGCUGCCUCAGGACCCCAGGGUGAACCAGGAAAUGGUGACGUCCUUGAAGGAGACGGCCUACCGUCUGCUGACCAGGACAAAGAUGAUGCCUUACCUACAGCCACCAACAAUAAUCCUCCAGAGGAGAAACAGCCACAAGAGACAUCCACUGCCAUGGUGAGGACUGAUGACAUAAAAGAGCACCCAGCCGAGCCCCUCCUGCGCUCCUGUGUUAGCACAGCUAGCAUGAAGGUCAAGAACAUGAAGAAGCUUACGUUCCCCAGAGGUCACUUCCCCACGUUGGCAGAGUGUGCUCAUUUCCACUAUGAGACUGUUGACUUUGGCAACAUUCAG